ACGCUCGCGCAUUAUCCUCCUGAAAUAGAGUAGGAAGAGACCAAAGAAACCACGUUCAUCACGCUCCGAUGCGACUGCGACUCCACCUACCAUCGUCCUAGUACAGAUCAAUCAAUCUUCAAGACUCGCCCACAGAAAUUAGAUGAGCUGGGAGGAGUCGUUGCUUCGAGGCUAGUUCUACCCCCAAGCUCCACAUCACAGGGCCCGGCCGGCGGCCGGCAGAGGAUGGAGAAGGACGGCGGCGAUGGCCUCCGCCACCACGCCAUCCGGCUCCCGCUCACAGUUGCAGCAAUGGAGGGCUCGGACUCGGAGAUCACCAGCAACGGAGGACCAAGCCUCUCGCUGCGCCAGAAAGCGUCUUCGAUCAUGGCCUCCUCCGCGGCGGCAUACCGCAGCAAGCCCGCCUCCUUCUGGGCGCUCCUCGCGCUCAGCGGCGGCGCGAUGCUCACGGCGUUCCCGGCGGCGAGCCUGCUCUCGCGGCUCUACUACAACGGCGGCGGCCAGAGCAAGUGGAUCCUCUCGUGGUCCGCCGUGGCCGGCUGGCCCAUCCCGGCGCUGCUCCUGCUCCCCUGCUACCUCUUCAGCGACGCGUCGCCGACGUGGCCGCCGUCACCGUGGCUCUGCUUUUGGUACGCCCUGCUUGGCCUGCUCAGCGCCGCCGACAACCUCAUGUACGCCUGGGCCUACGCGUACCUGCCGGCGUCCACGGCGUCCCUCGUCGCCGCGUCGUCGCUCGCCUUCUCCGCCGUGUUCGGCCGCCUCAUCGUGGGGCAGAAGAACAGGAUAGGCCUGUCCACGCUGAACGCCAUCGUGGUGAUCACCGCCGGCGUGGUGAUCAUCGCGCUGGACUCGGGGUCCGACCGGUACCCGGGGGUCACGGGCCGGCAGUACGCGCUCGGGUUCGCGCUGGACGUGGCCGGGUCGGCGCUCCACGGCCUCAUCUUCGCGCUCUCGGAGCUCGUCUUCGACAAGUACCUCAGCAACGGCGGAGACGGUGCCGCCGCGACCCGCUUCCACGUGGUGCUGGAGCAGCAGGCGGCGGUGUCGCUGAGCGCGUUCGCGUUCACGUCGGCGGGGCUGGCGGCCACCGACGGGUUCGCGGCGAUGCGGCGGGAGGCCGCGGGGUUCACAACCGCAGGGGGAGGGACGGCGGGGUACGCGAUGGUGGUGGGGUGGUCGGCGGCGACGUUCCAGUUGGGGGUGCUGGGGGCGACGGGGGUGGUGUACCUGGGCUCGACGGUGCUGGCCGGCGUGCUGAACGCGGUGAGGGUGCCGCUGACGAGCGUGGCGGCGGUGGUGUGGUUCCACGACCCCAUGAGCGGCUUCAAGAUCCUGUCGCUGGUGAUCACCGUGUGGGGGUUCGGGUCCUACAUGGUCGGUCACUCGUCGGCGAAGAAGUCGGCCAGAGAGAGGAAUGUUUCGUCUCAACAACAACAUAGGCGGCCAAAUCAAAUUAGGAGCUGAUUUUAUGAUGGCAUUACUGGAGAGGAGUAUAGUUCUGAUUCGUGGUUCGUGAACGAUGUGUGUUUUAACACAACAGUGAUGUAGUUUCGCGUUGAAAUUGAAGUGUACAUUCGAUCGAUA